AUGGCACCUGAGCUGUAUGCUUGUCAGCAUCUUCCAGGUGGAUGGCUCAUGGUAGUUAUGGAUAUAAUUGACCCUGAUACAUACCUUCCUUAUAAUCUACGAAACAGUAAUGACUUUAAAGAACACUUUCCACCCUCAGAACAAGUUAAAUCUCAGAUUACGAAUAUAAUCACUACACUUCAUUCUCAAGACCUGGUUCAUGGUGAUGUACAUGACAGUAACAUAUUGGUUAGUAAGGAUGAUGGAAUUAUGCUUAUUGACUUUGACUGGUCAGGCAAGGAAGGAGAGGUACAAUACCCUAUGAACAUCAACUGUAUUGGUGUGAAACGACCAGAUGGAGCAAUUGAUGGGGAGUUAAUCAUAAAGCAGCAUGAUCUUGAGAUGAUAGAGAUUAUGUUUGAUGAAACUGUUACUAGAUGA